AUGACCAGCAUUACCAACCAGCUAAGCGGAUUGUUGAGCCUCAAGUGGGUUCGCAAGUAUCUCCAAAAGGACCGCACUACAAGCCUACAUAGGGAGGGUAGCUUGCAGAAGUGCGACUGCCAAUGCUCUAGAUACAAAGUCCUGGCAGGUAGCUCUAAUGGAUCCGCAUCUGGGACUAUUGAUGACCAAACCGAACCCGUGACGCCCCACGAGGAUGCCUACCAGUACCACCAACCCUCCGUUAUGAUCUGGGAAAACACCAUGCCUAGCCUUGAGGAAACCAACGAAAGCAUCAAUCCCCGCCUCAAAAAGCAACAUCCUGCCUUUCUGUUCCCUGCCAAACUUGAUUUGCUGGGGCCGCCAUUACCACCACCCCCAAACAAGCCGCUUCCUGAAAUCCCGACACAAGCUCGACUUCAUAAAGUGCCAGCUAAGAUUGGCCGAAAUAGACAGGAUCCUCGACCUCCUACUUGGAACCUCGCAAAUACUACACAAAGAACUACAGCAAACUACUCCCCCUUCCCAAAGCUUGCCAUGGUACCCCCUCCAAGGGGUUCAUCCCUUCAACAUUCAUCACAAACCCAUAGGAAAACCCACAAAUCACAGACAAUAUCUUACGCCAAUACCACUGUCACCAAGCAACUUCAUCGACAUGUCACUGAACCCUAUCAAGACACCUCUAUGGAGAGGGAGAAUGCUGUCAAGGAGCUCGGCGAUGUACCCAUUGAAAAGCCCUUGCCACGGGAUACCAGGAGCCCUUCACUUCAGAAAAGGGUUAUAGGGUCGGAAAUUGCACCUUGUGGUGGGCGAGACUCUAUUACCUUAAGAAGUAGUAGAUCACUAAACUACCUUUCUAUGCACAAAUACGAACCUUGUCCCAGGUUCACCAAGAAAUCGGUGCCGAAUCUUCGUAGAGCAGCCAAAUAUGAGCCUCUGCAACUUCACCAAUACCCAGAGGCCCCUAGGUCUCUCAUACUCGCGCAGCCUUAUUAG